AGGCCCAGGCCCAGGCCCAGGCUCAGGCCCAGGCCCAGGCCCAGGCCCAGGUACAAGCCCAAGUCCAGGCACAAGUCCAGGCGCAAGUCCAGGCCCAGGCUCAGGCCCAGUCCAUUCAGCAGAUGGUGCAGCAGCAGCAAGUUCAGGUUCAGCCCGGGCAGAUGCCUCCACACUCCCAGCAGCAGGCUGGGAUGGUGCCUCAGUCUCUGGCUGGACAGAUGACAGCUCAGUCUGUUCCCAUCAACUCUUUGACCCAGCAGCAGCUGAAAUUGCAGGCCUUUCAGCAGGCUCGUGCAACCCUGCCACUGCAGCAAGCCCAGCAGGCUGCAGCUCAGGCGCAGCUGAAUGCAGCGGCCGCUGCAGCUGCGGCUGCGGCUGUACCUGGACAGAUGGUCCGCCCUACGAUGCAGAAUCUGCCCCGACCUCCUCGGCCUCCGCCGAACUCCUCCAUCCCUCCUCCAAACAAUACUGCUGGCGUUGGAGGUCAGAUGAUGACCCCACAGGUGCAGCAGCAUACCAUGAUGUCAUCACCCUCACCUGUGCAGGUACCCACUCCUCAGAUGCUGCCUCCCCCCCAGCCGUCCCCGCAGCCCCCCUCCUCUCAGCCUAACUCAGCCAGCUCCGGUCCUACACCAUCUCCGGGGGGCUUCCAGCCCAGCCCAUCCCCUCAACCCUCCCCGAGCCCGGUCACGUCCAGAACCCCCCAGCAGAACCACGGGGUGGCCUCUCCUGGAUCACUGAACACUCCAGGUAACCCCAACUCGGCCAUGAGUCCGGCAGGAGCCACAUCUCUGGAGGAGCAGCAAUACAUGGAGAAACUUAAGCAGCUGUCCAAAUACAUCGAGCCGCUUCGCCGGAUGAUCAACAAGAUCGACAAGAACGAAGACAGGAAGAAGGAUCUGAGCAAGAUGAAGAGCUUGCUGAACAUCCUCACCGACCCAACCAUCAGGUGUCCUCUGAAGACGCUGCAGAAAUGUGAAAUAGCUUUGGAGAAACUGAAGAACGACAUGGCCGUGCCAACCCCUCCUCCUCCUCCAGUGCCCACCAAGCAGCAGUAUCUGUGUCAGCCGCUGCUGGACGCCGUCAUGGCUAACAUCCGCUCCCCGGUGUUCAACCACUCCCUCUACCGGACCUUCGCCCCCGCCAUGAGUGCCAUCCACGGGCCUCCCAUCAUGGGACCAAAUGUCUGCGGGAGGAAGAGGAAAUACGAGGAAGACGAGCGGCAGACCAUCCCCAACAUCCUGCAGGGGGAGGUGGCGCGCCUCGAUGUCAAGUUCCGGGUUAAUCUGGACCAGUCAUUCUGCAGCAACAAUGGCACCGUUCACCUCAUCUGCAAGCUGGAUGAUAAAAACCUGCCCAGCGUUCCUCCUCUGCAGCUCAGCGUUCCUGCAGACUAUCCGGAUCAGAGUCCGCACUGGGCCGACGAUGGAGAUCAGUACGGUGCGAACAGCUUCCUGCAGACGGUGCACAGAAACAUGACAUCCAAACUGCUGCAGCUGCCGGACAAACACUCCGUCACGGAGCUGCUCAACACCUGGGCCCAGAGCGUCCGGCAGGCCUGCCUGUCUGCAGCCUGAAGCCCCGCCCACGCACAGCCACCUGCAGGCUGAAGCCCCGCCCACCUGAAGUCUACCUGUCGCAGCCACAGUAACUCACACUACGUUCUGAUCCAUUUCAAACAUUAAAGGUUGAAAUGAACUCCAGCUGUGAUGCUGCUCACCUGUUUACCUGCAGACCAGUAAGCCGCUGCUUGUGUUACUCAGAUGUUUUUCUCCUGGAUGCGUCAUUCUUUAGUUUCUCUGUUUGAAAACAGCCAAUAUAGUAAAGAUUUAUCAGCUGUUUAAAUGUUUUUUAAUAAAUAAAAUCAGUUUCAACAUGAA